AUGUGUGUGUGUGUGUGUGAGUGAGUGAGUGCAUGAGUGUGUGUGUGUGUGAGUACAAUGCGGAGAACUGUCUUCUGUACUCCAUAUCUCUUCCUUUGCUCUUCCUAUUGUACUUGGGUUUGAUGUGGUUAUGUUUACGUACAGUACUAACUCAUCGAAUUGGACAGCGUGCAAAGCAAAGCUUUUCACUUUACCCCCAGUACGCACAACAAAAAUAAACCGAAACCUAAACAAAAUUGCUGACAGUAUUGCGGUACACAUGACAAUAUGGAACUGAUACCAAUACUAACUUUCUUCCUUUAACAACAGUUUGAUCAGCUGAAGGACUACAGACAGCGCCGCGAGGCACAACAGAAGCAGCGUGAAAUGGAGGAACGAGAAAUCCUGGCAGAAAUGGAUGAGAAUGAGAAGAGGUUACUGAAUGAUAAUCUGGUGUCUCACACUCAGCUCACACUUAACCAGGAUGACUGUACCCCCAGAGAGCAGUGGAUGCAGGAGCACAAGACUCAGUUGCUGAACCUCGCACAGAACCAUGGAGAGCAUGUUAAAGGUAUACUGCAGCACAACCUGCAACUGGAGGAGCAGAGAGCAGAGAUUGUGAGAAGGCUAAAUGAAUUGUCGGAAAAAAGCAAGAACUUUUCUCAGGUGGAGAAAAUGUUGGCGGAGCUGAAGGCACAAGAAUACAAGAACGAGUUGCUCCUGGAGACGAUGAGGCAACAGCUGGAGAUGCUGCAGCUGGAUACGAUACAAAAUAAAGCCCGAAGCAGGCAGAGCAGUUUGCCCUCACGCAACUCAAAGAAAAAGGAGACACUUCAUCAGCCGCAGACCUUUGUGCCUUUCUAUGGUGGAGGAAGUCUCCCAUCUGAAAUCAGUGCCUUGCGGCUUUCCUACCUGCAGAAUGGAGGCAAUGACCAGCUGAUCCUGGUGCAGUUGCAUGAUCUCUUGGCGGAAGCUCUACAAGUGGAGCGGAGAGAGAAGCUCCCGAGGACUCAUCGCAAGGAGCGAGCCCACAGAGGGCACGAUACGCUGAGACGCAAUUUGGACUCCGAGCUGAUCACUGCGGAGAUAGAAAAUCAACGUCUGGAGGAAGAAAUUCUGAAGCUGAGGGUGAAACGACAAAGAAACCACAGGCCACAAAAAGCCCUGAAGACGUCCACUGGACAUAGACUGAUACUAACAGGAGGUGGAAAGGAUCAGGCACUGAUCUCAUGGAAAGAUGACAACCAGAAGAUGAGGGCCCUGAAGACUGAAAUUGACCUUUUGAAGCAGGACAUGGAGAUUCAACGUCUUCAACGUCACCUGAGGAGCUCAAAGACUCAAGUUCUUGCAGCGGCCCCUGUUCCAACCCCUCCCCUCGUGCCAGCGAGGGCAACUAGUGAGAACGUAUUGAUCUGGCCUGCAGACGGAAGUCACUGGAUUAACUUGAAAUCCAUCAUCAACGAGCUGAUCGUAAGAGGUCACAGUGUUACUGUAGCUGUGAGUUCAGCUGCACUUUACAUCGACUAUUCUGAACCCUCACCAGUGAAAUUUGAAGUAUUUCAAGUGCCGUUUACCAGUGACAAGUACAGAGAUUUCAUGCAUGCGAUUUUGGAAUUCUGGAUCUAUGAAAAACCCCAAAUAUCCCACUGGGAAGCGUACAGAAGAUUCUCAGCAAUCAUGGAACGUGGAAUCAAACUUGCCAAAGACAUCUGUGACGGGGUGAUAAAGAAUGAAAAACAUUUGCAAAAACUGCGAGAUUCGAAGUUUGAUGUCGUGCUCUCCGACCCCCGUGCAUUUCUGUGGGGAUCUCCUGGCUCUGAAGCUGGGAAUUCCCUUCAUCUUCUCGCUGAGAUUCUCCCCGGGAUUUACAGUGGAGAGACUCUGCGGACAGAUCCCAGCCCCUCCCUCCUAUGUACCGGCGAUCCUCUCAGAGUUUACCGAUAA